GCCAAGACAAAUAACGCCUCCUGAUAUCGAAGAAAAUUAAUUAAGAAAACGAGUGAAGAAAAGUUGGAAAAGAAUAUCGUUGCGAAUUAGCCGUAGAUGGGAUCUUCGAAGUUCCUCUGAAUUUGGCGCUCGGCACCUCGAAAUGCGUAGCAAAUGCGGAAUCGUGAACGCAACGCGUGUGCAGUGCAGGGCAUUAAUUCCCAUUCCCAAUCGCAGCAGGGCAAAUAACAGCAGCAGUGAAGAAAGCGACGCAUGAGGAAAAAUGCAUACAGAUGCGAAAAACAAAAGCCAGCCGCGCUGAUAAACAAGCAAGCACUAAUUAAUUUCCAAAUACAACCAGACCAGCGGAGUCGUCAACUGGAGCUGCAGUCAAAGAAGAGCACGCAGGACGACCACUGAGUGAGUUGGGCUAGAGCAUGAGAGAGCCAUGCCUUCGGCACGACCUGGUAGUCUCAAGGAUCCGGAAAUAGCCGACCUGUUUAACAAGCAUGACCCGGAGAAAAUCUUCGAGGACCUGCGCGAAAUCGGCCAUGGAUCGUUCGGUGCGGUCUACUAUGCCCGCUGCAAUCUCACUAAGGAGAUUGUGGCCAUUAAGAAGAUGUCCUACACCGGCAAACAGAGCCAGGAGAAGUGGCAGGACAUUCUCAAAGAGAUACGCUUCCUUCGCCAAUUAAAUCACCCAAACACCAUCGAAUACAAGGGGUGUUAUCUGCGCGAAUCGACCGCGUGGCUGGUGAUGGAGUACUGCGUGGGCUCCGCCUCGGACAUCAUCGAAGUACACAAGAAGCCACUGCACGAGGACGAGAUCGCCGCCAUCUGUCUCGGUGUGCUUAGUGGCUUGAGCUAUCUGCACUCGCUGGGGCGCAUCCACCGCGACAUCAAGGCGGGCAACAUUCUGCUCACGGACAACGGCGUAGUUAAGCUGGCCGAUUUCGGCAGUGCUGCCAUUAAGUGCCCGGCCAAUAGUUUCGUCGGCACGCCCUACUGGAUGGCCCCCGAGGUGAUCCUGGCCAUGGAUGAGGGCCAGUAUGACGGCAAGGUAGACGUGUGGUCUCUGGGCAUCACCUGCAUCGAGCUGGCGGAGCGCAAGCCUCCCUACUUCAAUAUGAACGCCAUGUCGGCGCUCUAUCACAUUGCGCAGAACGAGUCUCCGACUCUUCCGAAGAACGACUGGUCAGAUGCGUUCUGUAGUUUUGUUGAACUGUGCCUCAAGAAGAUGCCAGCGGAGCGACCCUCGUCGGCAAAGCUGCUGACCCAUGCCUACGUGACAAGACCGCGUUCUGACACCGUGCUGCUGGAACUAAUUGCACGCACCAAGUCCGCUGUGCGCGAGCUGGACAACCUCAACUACCGCAAGAUGAAGAAGAUACUCAUGGUGGACACCUGCGAGACGGAAAGCGCCGUGGGCGACGCCGACGACCAACAGGAUGACCACGCCGGCGGCGACAGCAGCAAGAGCAAUAGUAUUACUUCGGAACACUCCAUACACUCGGUGGGUGUAUCGGCAGCCAGUAGUCAGAGCUCCUCAUCCAAUUCCAUACCGGCUGCGGCACAGAAUCAUCACCAUAUCGCUGCGCACCACCACCAGCAGGCGGCUAGCGCCGCUGUGGCGGCGGCAAUGCACCACCAUCAUCAUCCACACCAGCAACCGCCUCCCAGCUGGCCAAGCGGCCAACAGGGGCAGGUCGUUCCCCCCGGAGCAGUGUCCCGUAACUCGUCGCGCCAUCGUAACCGGCCGCCGCUGCCUAACAUAAUGCACAGCAUGAACAACAAUGUUACGCCAACCAACUCGGCCUCGGUGGUACCGGCGCCAGCGCCUGCUCCGGUUCCCCCGCCGCCGCUUUCCGUUCUACCGCACCUGAGUGCGAUGGGUCACGUUGGAGGCGGAGGCACAGGAACCGGUGGUAGCGGCGGAGGUUCUCCUGCAUCCGGCGGACCCCUGGCGGAUCGCAUGCAGCCCAUCCAGCCGCGCUAUCUGACGACGCCUGCCGCCCAAGCGGCCGUGUAUGCGGCCAGCUCCGCGUCCUCGCAACAGGCCAUCUCUAAUGCAGUCAACGAUCAUGGGCCAAACAACUUUGCCACCAUACGCACCACCAGUAUCGUAACCAAGCAGCAAAAGGAGCACAUGCAGGAGGAGAUGCACGAACAGAUGUCCGGUUAUAAGCGUAUGCGGCGCGAGCACCAGGCCCACCUGGUCAAGCUGGAGGAGAAGUGCAAGGUGGACAUGGAGACGCACAAGACGGCCCUGGACAAGGAGUACGACACACUGCUCCACAACUUUACAAGGGACCUUGACCGGCUUGAGACCAAGCACCAGCAGGACGUAGAAAGGCGGUUAAAGCAAACGAGUGCCGCCGAGAAGAAACUACACAAAGAGAUUACGCUGAAGCAGGAGGGCGACCGCAAGGUGUACGACCUAAAUCGCAAGAAGGAGUACAAGGCAAACAAGGAGCGUUGGAAGCGUGAGCUAUCUAUGGACGAGUCGACGCCUAAGCGUCAGCGCGACCUAACCCUGCAAUCGCAGAAGGACAACCUAAAGCAGCAUGAGGCGCAGGAAGAGCAGCGCAUGCUGCAAGCCCAAAAGCAGUACAUCGAGUUGGAGAUGCGCAAGUUCAAGCGCAAACGCAUGAUCAUGCAGCACGAGCACGAGGACCAGCAGCUUCGAGACGAACUUGGGAAGAAGGAGCAGCAGCUGCAGCAGGCACAUGCUAUGCUCCUUAAGCACCACGAGAAGACACAGGAGCUGGAGUACCGUCAGCAAAAGAGCGUACACCAGUUGCGCGAAGAGCAGAUAAACAAGCAACACGAUACAGAGUUGCACAAUCAAAAAGACUACAUGGACCGCAUCAAGAAGGAGCUGGUGCGCAAGCAUGCGGUCGAGUUAAGACAACAGCCUAAGAGCUUAAAGCAAAAGGAGCUCCAAAUACGCAAGCAGUUCCGGGAAACAUGCAAGACGCAGACGAAGCAAUACAAACGCUAUAAAGCGCAAGUGCUGCAGACGACACCAAAGGAGCAACAGAAGGAGGUCAUCAAGCAGUUGAAAGAAGAAAAGCAUCGCAAGCUGACGCUGCUAGGCGAACAGUACGAGCAAAGCAUUGCGGACAUGUUCCAAAGUCAGAGCUACAAACUAGACGAAAGCCAAGUGAUCGAGUGCCAACGUACCCACGAACAGCUAGAGUACGAGCUCGAGAUGCUCACUGCCUAUCAAAACAAGAACAAGAAGCAGGCGCAGGAGCAGCGCGACCGGGAGCGAAGAGAGCUUGAAAACCGCGUCAGUGUCCGGCGAGGUCUGCUCGAAAACAAGAUGGACGCCGAGUUGCAGCAAUUCAACCAGGAACGCGCCGAGCGCUUGCGCAUGAAACACGAGAAGCAUACUAAAGAAUUGGAAGCAUUUGAUAAUGAAUCAAUUGCCCUAGGUUUCAGCACUUUAUCACUAAUUGAGGUAUCCCGUGAAGCCUAUGCAGAUGAGGAGGGAAGUCUGUCUGGUUCAAUGAUUAGUUUAGCCCAUAGCAAUAGUUCAACAAGUUUUCCGGCUGGUUCGCUAUAGCAUAGACAACAAAACGGCCAACCACAACAACAAGUGUUUAGUAAUAUAGACUACAUCAAUUUUAAUGGAAAUUAUAAAGCCAACAGUACGACAGCAACAACUAUAAACCGACAAAAGCAACAAAAAUCGCAGCUGAAACAACAACAAUAGCAAAAACAGUCCUGGCUAGCAGUGUUUUCGUAGGAUCAACCAGGCAAUCAAUUAUCGAAUUCGUUGAUUGCAUCAAAACACAUGAAAACUCAUGUAUUUUCUAAAAGUUAUAACAAGCUAAAGCUGCAAUAGUUUUGUAUUAAAGGAAGUUCGAUUGGAGGAGGCAACAAGAUACUAACAUUUGAAACCAUUAAUACAAGAUCAAUCAAAAACAAAGAAAAAGAAAACAAACAUAAAUAAAUAAUUAUAUAUGUAAGCAUAAAUGUCAUACACAAACAAUAACACAACAAACAAACAAACAAGAAAACAAGCAAACAAAGAACAACAUCAAACUUUGAUAUGCAAAGUGUUUAAAUUUACGUUUAAAUUCUAAUUUGAUAUUAUUACCUAAUAACUGAAUCAAUCGCUAUUUUGAUUUGUUAACCAUUUAUAUAUAUAUUUGUGCUCUCGCACUGCAAAAAUGUCACGAACAGAA